AUGGCAACACGAAAUAAGCGAAUUAUUGAUGUCGAGCUUGACGAAAUUAUGCUAAAGAAAACUUGUCAAACCAUUGUGCACUCAGCAGAUUUAGAGACAAUAACGAUUAAACAAGUAAGAAGGGAUGCCGAAGUUAAACUCGGAUUAACUGCUAAAUUUCUAGAUAAGCAACCUUGGAAGGACCUUAUACAUGAAUUUGUGACGGAGGCGAUCCAGAAAUCGAAAUCAGAGGACGUAUCUGUCGCAUAUUCAUCAAGACCAAAAUCUAGAAGAGCUGAAGACUCUAAAGACGAUAGCAUUGUCGAGGAUGGCGGAUCAGUAAUGGCUCUUGAGAACAAAGUUGCACGAGAAUCGGACCAAGGAUUAAAUAAAUCCCGGACGAAAGAGUUCAGAAAUGACAAACAUGCAAACAGUAGUAUGGAAGAAGAUAGCGAAAAUGAUAUUAACAGUGAAUCAAAGCGAUCUAAUGAUGCGGAGAUAUCCGACACUGAGCAUGAAAUAGUCAAAAAAAAGAGAAAGGAAAAAUCCACUACAACUAAACGUGUAAGUUUUAAUAGCGGAGAUAGUCACAACGAGCUUGAGGAUGAUCCACCAAAGAAGCGCAAAACAAAAAAAGGAAAAAGCGCGCCAACUGUUUCGUCCAAUAAUGAUGAUGAUGAAGCAACCAUCAAAGAACUGAAAGCGUUUAUUGUAAAAUGUGGAGUACGUAAAGUUUGGUCGAGAGAGUUAGCUGAUUGUGACUCUAUCUCAAGUCAAAUCGAUAGAUUAAAUAAAAUUCUCAGCGAUUUGGGAAUUAAAGGUCGACCAACUCUAGAAAAAUGUAAGAAGAUUCGUAAACGACGGGAACUUGAGGCAGAACUGAAUUCGAUGGAUGUAGGUAAUAUUGUUUCUGAUGACAUUAAAGAGGGUCGUAAAGCUCGUGCUUCCAGGGGCAUAUUUAAUCCUACUGGUCGUCGUAUAAUUCGCGCAAAACGUCAAAUAGAGGAUGAAACUGAUGACGGUGCUUCCGACCAAGAUUCUGAGUAA